CAACAGCGCCUCUCUCUCUCUCUCUCUUCCUCUCUAUUCCGCUGCUCUCCCAUCUCUCCCCUCGAAUCCAACAACCCUAGAAUUCAUUGCUUCUCGAGGGUUCGUUCAUUUCCCCCCAUAAAUCUGCAGGGUUCGCUUCUCUAAAUUUGCCCCCUUCGACCUCCUCCAAUGGCCCCUGCCGCCGCCGUUCUCGAGUCGCUCGCGGUUCCCCGCCCUCGCACCAGCAUCAUUGGGGCAUCCGCACCGUGGGCGGCGACGGCGCCGGUUUCCACCUCUCUUAUCCGCCGCAGCAUGGGACUUUUGCCGGAAUUUAGGGGUUUGAGGAUCGCUCCGCGCCGUCCAAAGGCUCUGUCAGCCUCCAACGUGGCGAUCGGUAAGGGUCUCCGCCAUGGAUCGGUGGUUUGUGAGGCGCCACGGGCCGCUAUAGAGGUUCCAGAAGUGACAAAAUCAACUUGGCAGUCGCUUGUCAUGGAGUGUGAUACUCCAGUGCUUGUUGAGUUUUGGGCCCCAUGGUGUGGACCCUGCCGAAUGAUUCAUCCUAUUGUUGGCAACUUGUCAAAGGUAUACAAUGGAAAGCUUAAAUGCUUGAAUCUCAACACUGAUGAGAACCAGGACAUUGCAACCAAGUAUGGAGUUAGAAGCAUUCCAACUAUCAUGAUUUUUAAGAAUGGUGAGAAGAAAGAUACAGUUAUCGGGGCUGUGCCUGAGAGUACUCUAGUCACAUGCAUUGAGAAAUUCAUAGAGAAGUAAGUGGUUGUUUUGUUUUCCUGUAGCCAGACUAUUUCAACAUGUCAUAGAAGAUUUGUGAAGUUUAUACUCUCUCUGCUGUCCCUUACUGCUCGUUAGGCUUGUAUAUAGUUAUGGAGGUUACAACUGCUGUCGCAUUCCUGUGACAAUAUUACUUCAAUUCACUUUAGGGGAUGUCAGAAUUGGCAAGUUACAAUGCUUGAAUUGAAAUUAAAAUAAGAACUGGGCUUCUCUGCCGCCAGUUUACAUGUUUUUGAUUGAAAUA